AUGCACGCCUCCAUCUCGCUCGCAACGCUCUUCAUCACCUUUGCCCUGGGCCACCCAACGCGGCACUCCUCUCAAAUUGCCCACUUCAUCUUCCAUCCGGCCUCGUCUUCAGACCUCAUCGCAUUAAACGUCACGACGGACGGUGUACCAGCAGCCCCAGAAGGAGCCAGCAAAAUCAAGUCCAUCGACAUCAACGACUACAACGCCAACCAGCAAUGCAUCUUCAAGGCCCCGGACGGCACUGUCAUCGAGCCCAGACUCGACAUUGACACGGAGACCGGUAAGCAAAGACUUGUCUUUGCAGAGCCUUUCGAGGUCGGCAGCGUGAGCUGCCAGGGCACGUGUAUUCCCGUCUACGGUGAGCUCUGA